CACCUUGGUCGUCAUCUCCAGGCCUCGACGCACGAACACGAUACCACCGCGAUUGAAGACACAGGAGCUCACAUCUCAAGCUGUCGCAUUACAUCUCCGAAGCGGUGGGAGAGUGUAGCGCAGUCUUUACACCAGGAUGGCUUCUCACACACCAGCCGUUGUCAUGGACAACGGUACCGGUUUCUCCAAGCUUGGUUUUGCAGGCAACGAUUCUCCAUCCUUCGUUUUCCCUACCGCAAUAGCGACAAAGGGCCCCGCAGCUGGCAGUGGAGGAUCUGGAUCUGGGCGCCCAGCAGUAGCAAAUAAACCAUCAUAUCUGACCGGAGGUGCCGGACCAGGUGGACAUCUUUCGAUGAAGCGUGGUACGGAGGAUUUGGAUUUCUUCAUCGGCGACGAAGCGCUAGCUGCAGCAAAUGGACCAGGUUAUGGCAUACACUACCCAAUCCGACAUGGACAGGUUGAGAACUGGGAUCAUAUGGAGAGGUUCUGGUCGAAUUCCAUAUUCAAGUAUCUCCGAGUUGAACCGGAAGACCAUUAUUUCCUUCUGACAGAGCCUCCCCUUAACCCUCCCGAGAACCGCGAAAAUACGGCGGAAAUCAUGUUCGAGUCGUUCAAUUGCGCUGGUCUCUACAUUGCCGUUCAAGCUGUACUUGCUCUCGCCGCAUCGUGGACAUCUUCCAAGGUAUCGGACCGGUCAUUGACGGGAACAGUUAUCGAUUCGGGAGACGGUGUAACGCACGUUAUUCCAGUCGCAGAGGGGUAUGUCAUUGGAUCGUCCAUCAAGUCCAUUCCAAUCGCUGGCCGAGAUAUUACCUAUUUCGUUCAGUCCUUGCUCCGAGAUCGAGGCGAGCCUGAUUCAUCUCUCAAGACCGCUGGUGAGAUUAAAGAGGAAUACUGCUACGUCUGCCCAGACAUCGUCAAGGAAUUCUCGCGUUUCGACCGCGAUCCUACACGCUUUAUGAAGCAUCAAGUCACUCAACCAGGUGGGCGAAAAGUGACAGUCGAUGUUGGUUACGAGCGCUUUCUCGCUCCAGAAAUUUUUUUCAACCCUGAAAUAUACUCCUCGGACUUCUUGACUCCUCUGCCAACAGUUGUCGACGGUGUCAUCCAGUCAUCACCAAUUGAUGUACGUCGAGGGCUAUACAAGAAUAUUGUGCUCUCGGGAGGUAGUACGUUGUACAAGGAUUUUGGCAGAAGAUUACAACGUGAUAUCAAGAACCUUGUUGAUGUCAGAAUAAGAGCUAGCGAAGCUAAGAGCGGUGGAGCGCGAAGUGGUGGUUUGGAAGUGCAGGUCAUCUCCCACAAGAGACAACGGCAUGGUCCAUGGUUUGGUGGCAGUCUCCUGGGUCAAACUCCUGAGUUCAGAAGUUACUGCCACACGAAGGCAGAAUACGAUGAAAUCGGACCCUCUAUUGUCAGAAGAUUCGCGCUUUUGGGUGGGCCAGGCGGGUCGUAGACGGACAGGAUUUUGAUCGAGAAGGGGCAGGGACCAUUUCUGGCAUGAGAAAAUGAUAGAUUUGAGCAGUGCCAAAAGCCAAAUAAACAUAUGAACACUCAAUCGUGGUUCCCUACCAAAGAGAGCAUUGUGCGUAGAUUGAGGGCAAUUCAACGGUUUAUCUGUGCCG